CUUCGGGCGGCGGCGGCGGCGGCGGCGGCCAGGUUAGGCGAGGCGAGGCGGCGGAGUGCCGUGUACGGCAGGAGGUGGCGGGUAGAGGUGUGAGAGUGGCAAGGUACUGAGGAGUUGCCAGGCCAGUGGGGCCGCCGCCGCCGCCAUGCAGGAAAUCAUCGCCAGCGUGGACCACAUCAAGUUCGACUUGGAGAUCGCGGUGGAGCAGCAGCUCGGGGCACAGCCGCUGCCCUUCCCCGGCAUGGACAAGUCAGGGGCUGCUGUCUGUGAAUUCUUUUUGAAAGCUGCCUGUGGGAAAGGGGGCAUGUGCCCAUUUCGCCACAUUAGUGGCGAGAAGACAGUGGUGUGCAAACACUGGCUGCGGGGGCUGUGCAAGAAGGGAGACCAGUGUGAGUUCCUGCACGAGUAUGACAUGACCAAGAUGCCUGAGUGCUACUUCUACUCGAAGUUUGGAGAGUGCAGCAACAAGGAGUGCCCCUUUCUGCACAUCGACCCUGAGUCCAAGAUCAAGGACUGCCCUUGGUACGACCGUGGCUUUUGCAAGCAUGGUCCCCUGUGUAGGCACCGGCACACGCGGAGAGUUAUCUGUGUGAAUUACCUCGUGGGAUUCUGCCCAGAGGGGCCCUCGUGUAAAUUCAUGCACCCUCGAUUUGAACUGCCAAUGGGAACCACCGAGCAGCCCCCACUGCCGCAGCAGACACAGCCUCCGACAAAGCAAAGUAACAAUCCGCCAUUACAAAGGUCGUCCUCCUUGAUCCAGUUAACGAGUCAGAACUCUUCUCCCAAUCAGCAGAGAGCCCCACAGGUCAUCGGGGUCAUGCAGAGUCAAAACAGCAGUGCAGGCAACCGGGGACCCCGGCCAUUGGAGCAGGUCACCUGUUACAAGUGUGGUGAAAAAGGACACUACGCCAACAGAUGCACCAAAGGGCACUUGGCCUUUCUCAGUGGACAGUGACAGCAGCUGGAGACAGCUCAGAACAGCCCAAGGGACCCCGUUGUGGGGACCACUCUGGGCCACCCUUGGGAGUGUGCAUUUAACUGUUCAAUGCCAGUGUUAGUGCAACUCUGGCUGAAGCUGGCAGGCAAGCACACUGGGGUUUUUCAAUGUAAGGGGCUAUGUCUGUCAGUUCCCCUAUCAUCUUGCUGUAAUUUUUUUUUUUUUAAGGGGGACAUGUGCUCCAUUUCUGUCCCUCAAGUCAGCAUCAUGUUUGUCUAGGCAUCAACACUUCCUGUGUGGGACUUCCUGAACACCGCCCUCUGGAAAGGGGAGGAAGUUGCCCGGAAGAGCUUGUGCUAAGCCGUUCUGUAUGAAAGACGGCCCUUCCCCUCAGUCCUCAUUAAACACCAGUUCUUGGUGACCCCAGGGACAGGUGGAUCAUUAAAACUGCAGCUAGGUCAUGCCUGCUUCCUCCAUGUCCUGCUGAGUUUAGAAGCUGUGCCUAUCAAUGUGAUUUGAACAAGGCAGCUCUUCAGGGCAAACUCAAGUGGACUUGUUGCCUCAGCUUGGUCCUCUUCCAAGCAAUUGAGAGGAGAGGUGCAGGGCUCUCAAGUGUGAGGGUCUUUUUCCUCUGGGCCUAUUUUCUUGGGGCACAUGCUUGACAGUGUUUAAGGUAUACCUUAAACUGGAGCUGCAGACAACCCUUUAAAUAGAUGACGCAGUCCACCUUUGCACCUACCUCCAGCCCCAUCAAGUGUCUGUGCUGUCACCUGGACACCUUUGGCCUACAGAGACUACCCUAAGCCUGGAAAUGUGAAACCACCUGGAACCUGCUGGGCAAGGGGGCCUAUCCAAGUUCAAUUGUAAAAACAAUUUUUAUGACGUUGAU